GGGGGGGAACUUCACACACGUCGAUGACUCGACGGCCGAGUUGUGUGCAUGUGCGUGGCUUUGUUCCGUAACAGCGCCCGACGCGUCGUCGUAAUAGGGAACGAAAACUGGUCACCGCCAAGUCAUCGUCUUAUUUUGAACAGAGUAUAAAUGUGUAUACAUUUAUAUAAAUAAUAAUCAUAUUUCAAUAAUAUUAUAAUAUUAUUUAGGCGGCGAAGACCUAAAUAUUACAUUUUUAUAAUAUUAUUACAUACGAGCGCGGCUGUCGGCGACGGCAGCUCGUCGAACGGUCUCGAUUGCAGACAUACGCGGCGCGGCGCCGACAGUCACGAACGAGAAUGCAAACAGUGUGGGCACACGAUGAAUACCGUCCGUUCGUAUUUUGCUGUCACCGUCGCGUUUCUCAUGGUCGCGAUCGGCUGGUGGGCCGCCGACGCCGUGGUCUGUUGCAACAGUACUUCAACAGAGAUGUUUUGCCGGAACAAAAAUCGGACGUUCAACAUAAUCGAGACGAUCAAUGGGGAGCCGUGUGAUGACAACCUGACGGCAGUGCCGGUCUGGAAGUGCUUUCCGCCUUUCUAUUCGAAAUGGCAGAAAUUCGGACCGGCUGGGGUGGACGGUGACGAGAGGAUGAUGCAGCGACUGAAGGACGGAUUUCGGGCGGUGACCGAUGCGGUGAUGGUGGGUUACUAUAAUGAGGAGCUAUAUUGCGACGACUCGCAAGUGCUAGUCGAUGUGCCCGCCAUGGAGGUGCGUAGGCUGAUGGAGGCGGACCCGUCGGCGGUCGAGUUGCCGCCGGGCUACUGCUUCAACCUGACGCCAUCCGAUGAGCUGGUGGCCCAGACGUGCCGGCCACGCAAACAGCACUGUGGCCAGGAUGAUUACACGUGCGUCAACAAGUGCUGCAAUCGUGACCAGAUGUACGUCGACGACUACUAUGAUUGCAUGCUGGAGAGCGAGAAGCCGUUCACGAUGUCCGCCUAUGAAACAGACGCGGAGGGCCAUCCUGUGGGCCGGUCGAACAGCACAGUGCAGCCUUACUACACCUACGUCAAUCUCCCGUGUAUAAAUAAGAGAAAGUUUAAAUUCAAUAUUAUGUUGGAAAUAGAUAAUAUAACUUACGUUACUAAAUACGAAGACCUCGCACCGGACACGAAAUACUGCGUGGACUAUUCACCGGUUGACUACAAAAUACUACCGAUAUUAUGCCCCAGUGACUAUCGUAGUGGCAAAAGUUAUGGGGUGCUGCCUUUAUUUGCCAAUGUCCAGUGUUUCAAUAAAAAAAUAUUGAAAGAAGGGUUUAUAUUGACUACGGAUGGCAUUCUUUACCUUAGCGAAAAAAGCCGGUUUCAAAAUCUAAUGGCGGACAUAUGCAACAAGUACGCCGAGGGCAGCAUUAGCAGUAGACAUUACUUCUUAAUUCUGUCCGGUUACGUGACGUCUGUUGUGUGCCUGGCACUCACGCUGCUCGUGUACGCCACACUGCCCAGCCUCCGGAACGUCCACGGCUACUACGUCAUGUGCUACAUUGCCUGCCUGCUCGUGUUGUACGUAUGCAGAACAAUCGACAUGAUGGCAUUCGACAACUUAUACGAACCCGUAAGACUUCCAUUCGAUUAUUUUACUUUAUUUGCAUAUUUGACAACAUUUUGCUGGUUAAACGUAAUAUGCUUCGAUAUUUACUGGAAGAUGAGGUACAACAAUUUAAGAAAAAUAAAUACAUCAACAUCAGUGCGUACCAUUAUGUACCAUAUUUACUGUUGGGGAUUUUCAAGUAUUUGCCCAUCUAUUGGUUAUUUAUAUUUACUACAAUUAUCAAACGAAAAGGAAUGGACUCUUGGAGCCCCAAAGAGCUAUACGAGUUGCUGGUUUUCCGACUGCCGCACCACCGGAAACUUAAUUUUCAUAAUUAUAUGCGUGUCAAUGAUGCUGACUGCCAAUUUAAUUUUGUUCUUGCUAACUGCUAUUCAUUGUUCAAGAAUUAAAUCUGAACUCAAUAAAUUUAUCCCUACAAAUUCAAAAACAAAAAGUUUUCUUGUUAACAAAGAGAUAUUUGUAAUGAACAUCAAACUAUUUCUGAUUAUGGGAAUUCCAUGGUCAUUUGAGAUAAUAUCUAUAUUCUUCCAAUAUAAAUGGAGCAUAUUGGAAUUUUGUAAUGCAAUUAAAAGACUACAAGGAGUAUUCAUAUUUAUUAUACUUGUGGCCAAGGGCAAAGUUAUUAUGGACUUACGGGAAAAGUUUAAACGUUCAAUGGAUUACAGUGAGGUGACACAAAUUAACAUUAUCCCUGGGUCGUCAUAAAAGUGGCAGUGGUUUGUGCUCAUAAAAGUUAUAAUGAUUUCUAAAUGCAAUAAGUAUAUAUGAUGAAGAUAUUACUAUAUUAUAUAUUAAGACUCUAAGGCCUAAAAAAAUCAUUAUUUUUGUGCAUUUAAAUACUACGUUUUUGUUUUUUGAGGUGUAAUAAUAAAUGACGAACGCUGAAGUUUCAGGUUCACAAAAAUCCUAUAUA